AUGGAUCAACCAUUUGGCUUCAUCCGACAGAUUCAGAGGAGUAAGAGAUUCAUGCUAAAACUUCGAGCAAUUCGUAUAUUCGAAAAGUCAUAUGAUUCCAUUGGGCUGAGACAAUUGGAGAUCGUAUUUCAUGAUGAAGAGGGGACUCGCAUUAGUGGUAUUAUUCGUGGUGUUCAUUUAUCAAAGAUGGCUGGCUAUUUCCACGAAUGUGGCGUAUAUAAACUCCGGAACUACUAUUUAGACAGCAACAUAGAUAAGUAUCGAUCUACAGUUGCAAAAUACAAACUCCUUAUUCAUAGCAAUACAGAGGUUCUAGAAAUGCACACAUACUUUCCUUCUUGGCAUUUUCAAUUUCGUAGCUUUGCUGACUUUCAAGAUGUUGAGAAUGUGGAUGAAUCUUAUCUUUUCGAUGUUAUUGGUAUGGUGAUUGAAAUUUGUCCGGUUCAGUCUAAAUGGGUUCAUGGACAAAAAAACCAAAUGAUUGUCUUUUCACUCAUGGAUUUAAAUGGCAUUGUUAUUCAGUCCACACUUUGGGGUCAUUAUGUUGACCAACUCAUUGCUUUUGAAACUCACUUUGAGUCCGAGGCAACUGGUGAACCGUGGGUGCUAAUUAUGCAGCUUUGUCAGGCACGAUUUUGGGAAGCUGAGGUUCAAUUGGCUACCCAUAUGAAUGUCACCCGUCUACAUGCUGUUGCACCAUUCCCAGAUUUGAUUGAUUUUCAGCGGAAAUUUUCAGCAAGCCCAUGGGCCAAGAAGAGGAAAUAUGUCACCAAUAGCAAAAUUGUUUUGAAGAGUGAAAUGGAAGAGCUAGAAAAUGGUGAUUUAGUCAUUAGUUCUGUAGAUUCUCUAUUUGACUCUGACGAGGAAAUCAAAUGUUGGGUAUGUGCUACAAUUGAUUCAAUUGUUGACGAAUGGUGGUACCUCGCAUGUAGACGUUGCAAAGGCAAGAUGGCUGAUGAAGAUGGAAAAUUAAGUUGCACCAAAUGUGCACAUCAAUUUGGAGUAACAAGGUACAAAAUUCGCUUGAUUGUUUCGGAUUCAACAUCAAGUGCAACGUUCAUUUGUUGGGAUAGGGAAUCAGAAAAGAUGAUUGGAACACCAUGUGAGGCCUUGAUAAGUACAUUUCUUCACGAGGUCCGUGUAUAUCCAAAACAUCCAUCUGGGCAGAAAGCUUCAUUUCCAGUCGUAAGGGUUGUGGCUGAUGAAACUUUAGUCUCCAUGUACAACCAAUGGUUCGUGGAGAACGAGGGAUCUGACUUUCUUACAGUUCUGCAAAGGGAAGACCACGACAAUGGGUUGGAUGCAACUUUGGAUGAUGAGGUUUCUACACCAUUAAAGUUUUUUCAACCUAUCGAAAAGGGUGACACUUCCACAGCAAAGCGGAAGCUUCUGAAUGAUUUAUCCACAACACCCAAUGUGGAUCAAUUUGUUGGAUCAGCAGAUGCCGGUAAAGGGAAGGGCAAGAUGGAGAAACUGGAUCCCAGUGCAUUACAAGAUGAGGACGUUGCUGAAAAUUGA